CUGACGGUAUGCUCCUCUUUGGGCAACUGGGGGAUUUCCUGAGCGGAAACAGCGGAGGGGGUUUCCAGCUUGAUCAGCCCAGGCCUCCCUGCUGGCUCUCUGAGGUGGACCCAGUAACUUUUCUCUGCCGAACUGACAGCACCAAGCGAACUCAGGGAGGUUCUGAGCGGAACUGGACCAUGAGGAGUCCGCCUGAAGCCUGGAGGCUCCACGGCAGCGUCAGCGGAACGGCGACGGUUUGAAUCCGCAGUGAAUCCGCCGAGGAGACUGAUCCUCCUCAGGUCAUGUCAUCAGGGAGAAAUGCUAAUGGGAGGGAAGUGCAGAUACCCCUUCAGCAGGUGGCGCCUUCAGUUGUUGCUCCCCUUUCUUCUACCCUCGCCAUCACGUCAGCCUCCCACCGCUCAGCCAAUCCCUGGUCUCCGUGCGAUCUCACUCCUCAACAAAGUGCUCCUGCAGGCUUCCAGCCUCUUCAUGGAGGGUUUAGAGAUCAUUUCGUUGAAAAGCCUGAGGCCAAAUACUGCUGCGAGGCGUGCAGGCGGGUCCUGUGUGAGCCCCGCCAGACUGAGUGUGGACACCGUUUCUGUCAGAGCUGCAUCAACGACAUCCUCAGUCACCCUAACCCCGUGUGUCCGGCUGACAUGGAGCCUCUGUUCAAAGACAAGAUCUUUAGAGAUGUGUGUUGCCAUCGAGAGAUUAUGGCGCUGAAAGUCUUCUGUCGGAGUAAAGCUAAUGGCUGUCAGGAGCAAAUGAGUCUGCAGCAGAUACCUGACCACCUGAACGUGUGUCCGUUCUUCGAGGUUCCCUGUCCGCUGGGUAAAUGCAAAGAGAGGGUGAUGAGAAAGGAGAUUCCUGAGCACCUGGCGUGGAAAUGUAAACACAGGGAGAGCACUUGUGAAUUCUGCAUGACCAAGAUGCCUUUGACUGACCUACAGAAACACAAAGAGACCAUGUGUCCGUCGUUCCCUGUGCCCUGUCCCAACCACUGCUGCUCCUCCCUGCUCCGCAGCGAGCUAACCAGCCACCAGCAUGACUGUCCCAAAGCCCAGGUCAGCUGUCUGUUCCACCGCUACGGCUGCACCUUCAAGGGCUUAAAUCAAGAUAUGAGGCAGCAUGACUCAACCUUCGUAGCUGAACAUCUAAGAAUGAUGGUCAAAGGGAACUGCUUGUUGGAGAACAAGGUGGAGAACGUGAAGGAAGAGCUGAUGGAGAGAUGUAAGGUACUUCCUGCUCUCAGCAGCCGACUGUCCGAGUUAGAGAGCCAGAACGAAGAGCUGCGAGAGAAGAACCGACAGACGGAGCAGAAGCUGGCCACCAUGCAGAAACUGAUGAGCUCGCAUUCGGAGAAGCUGCUGGAGUUGGAGAUGGAGCUCCGUUCAUUUCGGGUGCUGAGAGAAGAGGUGGAGACCUUACGAGGGACGGUGGAGAACGUUCGGACGCGGCUCAGCACCUUGGAGCAGGGCGGACGGAGUGGAUCUGGCUCCACUCAUACUCUCGCGUCUUUGGAAACCCAGCUCAACCGACACGACGACAUGCUGAGUGUCCAUGAAAUCCGGUUGGCUGACAUGGACUUGAGGUUCCAGGUACUGGAGACGGCUAGCUACAACGGGACUCUAAUCUGGAAAAUCCGCGACUACAAGAGGCGGAAACAGGAAGCCGUGGCAGGAAAAACGCUAUCGCUGUACUCGCAGCCAUUUUAUACCGGAUAUUUCGGCUACAAGAUGUGCGCUCGGGUUUACCUGAAUGGAGACGGCAUGGGCAAGGGGACACACCUGUCGCUGUUCUUUGUGGUGAUGAAGGGCGAGUACGACGCCCUGCUGCCCUGGCCCUUCAAACAGAAGGUGACUUUGAUGCUGAUGGACCAGGGUCCUUCCAGGAAACACCUGGGGGACGCCUUUAAGCCCGAUCCAAACAGCAGCAGCUUCAGACGUCCCACAGCAGAGAUGAACAUCGCCUCUGGCUGCCCUCUGUUUGUGGCUCAAAGUCUCCUGGAGACGGGCAGCUACAUCAAAGAUGAUACCAUCUUCAUCAAGGUGACAGUGGAUACAUCUGACCUCCCUGACCCAUGAUAUUAGGAACUUAUUUGUCCGAUAUCACCUCACCAAUGCAAGAUCUGCACAGCCAGGACUAAUGGGAAGGAUCAGUGAUGCUGGAGGCUCCUCAGGCUGAAGGACAGGAAGCAGCCAAUCAGAAUGCUCCCCGUCUUCUGAUUGUUAUAUGGACUGCAGAGCUGUGUGUGUGUCUGGUUGAAUGUGAAUUGAUCUGUUGUGACGUCACCAUGGUGACCUUAUCCAGAACCAACAUGCCCAUCACAGUGGGGGCGUUGUUGUCACUCACUCCUGACGUGCAUUAAGCCCGACUUCCUGUUUAAUACCCGCUUACUGGGUGAUGCUGGGAAACGUGCCACAGUUGCAGAGGAAGUUUUGAAACUCCAGUUCACAGCAGAACAGAUCAGCACCACUGGAUCAGACGAAGGUCAGUACAAAGCCAUAAACUGAGCAACGAGGUGGCUGGAGCUCCUAAGCCAGAACAUGCUCAACUCAUUCAGACUGGUUUUGUCAGGCUAACUAGCUGAUGUCACACUAGCACUAUUUUUUUUUUUAACCUCAUAUCCUAACUAGUUUGUUUUUCUUCACUAAGCGUUUUCAGCCAGCCUAGCAUGUCUCAUCCUGCUCACCUGGUGACUGGCCAGACCUGAAGCAGCUAACCAGCAUCUGUACGCCCUCUGGCUCAGCGGCUCUGAGUCAGUCAAACUGUUUGGUUGGUUCAGGUUUUCAUACAAUCAAACUGACAGGGUAGUUGGGCUUGACCUGUGGUUCGUAGCUCACUUUUAU